CUGCACCUAGUGACAGCUGGUGUCUUUAAGAGGGCGCUGGCAGGAGUGUUGUUUCAUUUUUGGUCAUUCAAGUUGAGCUCACUAGACUAGAAUACAGCAAACAUGUCAGGGAUCUACGCUCUACUCAUCCUGUCCUCAGUCUUGGCUGUUGGAACGGCAUUAAAAUGCUAUGCAUGUGGCCCGAAUUACAAGUCAUGGGAUGAUUGUAAGGCAAAUAGCGAAAAAGGAACAUGCGCAGACCCUACUCUAACGAAUUGCAUCAAGGUUGAGGCAUCAGUUAAAGAUAAGGAUACUGGACGAACAACCAGUGUCUAUGCCAAGGGAUGUGCCAAGACUUGUGACAAAAACGACAUUAAAAUGUGCAGAGAAGGCCAGCUAAAUGGAAACCCGGUGACUUGUUCCUUGCACUGCUGUUCAGGUGACUACUGUAACGCCAGUUCAAGCUUGAUGGCCAGCAUUAUCAUCCCCGCUAUAUGUGCACUUAUCUCAGUCGUAUUCACUAAGAUACACUGAAAAGAUUGCAGCAGUCCUCAGUGCAGAAGCAUGCGGGCGGAAGUCGUAAAGAUACUAAUUUAGCAUUUGAUAAUCCUUUAAACUAGAUAAACUAAAUAAAAAAUAAAUCUCUUUAUUUACGUA